CUGCAACUGCAACUCAAGCGGACAAAACUCCUUCCCCCUCUUCCAUUGAAUUCGUUCAAUUUCUUUCUAGACAAGACCAGACAUACCGCCGAAUCUCUCUCGCUGGUGGGUCAAUGGAUCAACUUCCGGCUUCCACCAUUUCUUGUUCGAGAAGAAUCACCUGUCUCUCCUCCUUCUACACAUAAUCUUCCCCUGCAGAGGACCCCAACAGCCAUGGCUUCCCACAAGAGAGCUCAGCUGGCACUCACCGCCUUCCGCUGCUUCACCUCGAAGCUCGCUCCAGCAAGAACUCCCGCCCCACAGCCCAUUUCAAGAAUCCCCCGACCGGGGCCUGCGAUCUUGGCUCACAAUACUCCUAAAGUCCCGAUCUUGUCCUCUCUAACUUCCCACAGGUUGGGCAUCUUCAACUCAAAUCAGUUCCUGGGAUGCGGGGCGAAGAGGUUCUACUAUGUCGACCAGUACAAGGUCCGGCAUUUCCGGCCGAGAGGCCCCAGGAGAUGGUUUGAGAACCCGAGGAAUGUGCUUAUCGUGGUGCUCGUCGGUUCCGGGGUCGUGAUCACCGUGUAUUUCGGGAAAACGGAGACUGUACCGUACACCAAGAGGAAGCAUGUAGUGCUCAUGUCUAAAGCCAUGGAGAAGAAGCUUGGGGAGGUCCAGUUCGAGCAGUUGAAAGCCAGCUUCAAGGGCAAAAUCUUGCCUGCCAUCCACCCGGAUAGCGUCCGGGUCAGGUUGAUCUCCCAGGAUAUUAUUCAGUCCCUGCAGAGAGCUCUGAAGCAUGAACAGGUGUGGAGUGAUGUUGAUUACGCGUCAGCAGAAAGCGGGUUGGAUUAUGAGGCAGGACAGAAUGAUACUUUAGCUGCAUUGACUACCGAGAAAGGACAUGGAGGGAUGGAGGGAUCCUGGUACAAGCAAGACGAGAUCCUUGAUGACAAGUGGGUCCAAGAGAGCAGGAAGAAGGGCCACGACUCCUCGACCUCUCACCUCGAUGGCCUGAAUUGGGAGGUCUUGGUGGUGAAUGAUCCUUUGGUGAAUGCUUUCUGCCUACCUGGAGGGAAGAUUGUAGUCUUUACUGGGUUGUUUAAGCACUUCAGGACUGAUACAGAGAUAGCCACAAUUAUCGGGCACGAGGUCGGGCAUGCUGUCGCGAGACAUGUAGCUGAACAAAUUACAAAGAAUCUGUGGUUUGCGGUAAUGCAGCUGAUUCUCUACCAGUUCAUUACGCCUGAUCUCGCCAAUAUGAUGUCGGCACUUUUCCUAAGGCUGCCUUUUUCUCGGAGGAUGGAGAUGGAAGCAGACUACAUUGGGCUGCUUUUAAUGGCUUCUGCUGGGUACGAUCCUCGAAUCGCCCCCACAGUGUACGAGAAGUUAGGGAAAAUCGGGGGAGAGUCGUCCCUGCAAAAUUAUCUAUCGACGCACCCAUCGGGGAAGAAGAGAGCCGAAUUGCUGUCUCAAGCAAAGGUCAUGGAAGAAGCUCUCACCAUUUACAGAGAAGUAAGAACAGGCCUUGGAGUCCAAGGGUUCCUAUAACUUAGCGGAACUUAUGUAUUUCUAGAAUCGUUGCAUUCAUCGGGAUUCUUCUAGUCAAGUUCGAGCUUUGGCAACUGUAAUAACCAUCAUUCCCGAUUCUCUGUUGUAUAAACACUUUUCCCCGUUGAGUUCAAAGCGUAUUUUUGGAAUGGAA